GCGAAAUCGGGCUGCUCCGGCUGGCAGAGUGCAGCAGUAGCCACUGCAUUGACUUGCAGUUGCAUUAUGAUUUUCCUACACUGUAAUUUACAUAUAUUUCAAAUGAAAUGAGUUAUUGUCAGUGUUUGGAGUGUGCGUAGAUGACAUGGGGCAUUGUGGACAUUUCUUUCCCUCAUCGGACGUGACUUCUAAAGUUACUGGCACCGUUCCUACCUUGGAGCAGAGAGAAUAAAUACAGAUAAGGAGAUGGAAACGACAUCAUCAGACACUGCAUUAACAGUCUCAGAGAGAGACUGAAAGGGAGAGAAGGGAUCCUCUGGCAUAUAGGCAAAAAGGUGAAGACAGAAAGAGAAAACAUCCAAAGCUCUGAGCUGGACUUUCUAAAGGAAACGAAAUGGCUUUCUUGGACAAUCCAGCCAUCAUUCUGGCCCACAUUAGACAGUCUCAUGUGACCAGUGAUGAUACAGGAAUGUGUGAGAUGGUACUAAUAGACCAGGAUGUGGAUCUGGAGAAGUGCCAGCUGGCUCUGGUGCCCGGCAGCAGCUGUGGGUCAACGGGGUCAGGCUCCCUGAGUGAGGGGGGCAGCAGUGUGACAGACAAUCACGCCUGUGAUCUCUCCCAGUCCAUGGACAUCACCUCCAGCUGGGACUUUGGUAUCCGCCGGCGCUCCAACACAGCCCAAAGACUUGAAAGGCUAAGGAAAGAGCGGCAGAACCAAAUCAAAUGUAAAAAUAUUCAGUGGAAAGAGAGGUCAUCCUCCCAAUCAGUGGAGGAUCUGGGUUCUUUGUUUGAAAAACGAGACUUUAAAGACAGGCCUCGGACAACAGGUACCAAAUCUACCCUUUCACUGCGGCUGGAGCAGUGUCCCCAGCAGCUCAACAACCCCUUCAAUGAAUACUCCAAAUUUGAUGGCAAGGGUCACAUCGGCACAACGGCUACAAAAAAGAUAGACGUCUACCUCUCAAUGCAAAUAGCUCAGGAGAAAGUUCAUCCAAUGACUGUUGUAACCAUCGCCAACGCCCGCGUCCAUGACCUCAUUGGGCUCAUCUGUUGGCAGUACACAAGUGAGGGACGAGAACCCAAACUCAAUGAGAAUGUGAAUGCCUACUGCCUCCACAUUGCGGAGGAUGAUGGCGAGGUGGACACUGACUUCCCUCCACUGGACUCCAAUGAGCCAAUCCACAAGUUUGGCUUUAGCACUCUGGCCUUGGUGGAGAAAUACUCCUCACCUGGCCUCGCUUCCAGACAGUCACUGUUUGUCAGAAUAAAUGCUGCUCAUGGUUUCUCUCUAAUCCCUGUGGACAGUCUAAAGGUAACCAUGAAGGAAAUUCUCCAGAAAGCCCUCAAGAAGAGGAAAGGCUCACAGAAAGGCUCAGGGCCCAUGUAUCGUCUGGAGAAGCAGACAGAGCCCAAUGUUGCAGUGGAUCUGGACUCUACACUGGAGAGCCAGAACACCCUGGAGUUUUGCCUGGUCAGGGAAAACAGCUCUAGGGGAGAGGAGAGCUCAGAGGAAGACCCCCCUAUUGACAUCACCACAGUCCAAGACAUGCUGAGCAGUCACCACUAUAAGUCCUUCAAGAUCAGUAUGAUCCACAAGCUGCGCUUCACCACAGAUGUUCAGCUAGGCAUUUCAGGAGAGAAAGUUGAGAUUGAUCCUGUCACCAAUCAGAAGGCCAGUACAAAGUUCUGGAUUCGGCAGAAACCCAUCUCUAUCGACUCAGACCACCUCUGUGCCUGUGACCUUGUAGAGGAGAGAAGCCCCAGUCACGCAAUAUUUAAGGUCACCUAUCUCAGCAACCAUGACUACAAGCCUCUCUACUUUGAGUCUGAUGCUGCUACUGUCAAUGAAAUAGUACUAAAGGUGAACUAUAUCCUGGAGUCGCGGGCUAGCACCUCAAGGGCCGAUUACUUUGCCCAGAAGCAGCGGAAACUGAGCCGCCGGACCAGCUUCAGUUUCCAGAAGGAUAAGAAGACUGGCCAGUAGAGAGACUGAAGCUGCUCAGCCACCUGUCUAUCACAGACAGACACACAAACAAGGCCUGACAGUCUUAUGCAGAGACAGUCUCGGGCUUGAAAUGAAAAGGAGAGUGACAAAGGAAAGUCACUUUUCACAGGGACAGAGGAAGAGAGCGACGGACAGAAGACGGUCGGGGACAUGUGUCUCAGGCAUCAGCUGAUCAAGGUGGUAGCCUCUGAGGCUACGCACUAGAAAGGAGUCCACAAGCAAAAACAUUUCUCAUUCUUUUUCUAAAAAAGAAAAAGACAAGAACAGAGGGUUUUGGAUGUCAUGUUGCCGUCAUUUAUUUGUUCAUUCACUGCCUCUGAAUUUAAGCUCCGUCCUCUAGGAUGGAUUUGUACAGCUUCAAGUUGGUUAUAUACACCCAACAAACAUGAAUCAAAGCUACAAACUAAAUCUUUGCUUCUGUCUUUUAUCUUUAACAGAUCUAAUACAACAGCGUCAAAAGAAACCAUCACAUUUUAAUGUCAUUUAAUUGCAAUUAAUUUUAAGGCAUUUUGCAUUCAGGAUUUGAAAUUAUGACAAAAAUGAAAUAGUCCUGCCUGGAUUUUUAAACAUAAUUUCCCUCCUGCCCUGAAUCCAGAUAGCAAAUUCUUGGAAAUGAUCUAUUAAUAGUGUUGAUUCAGGGUGUUUUGGAAGGCUCUUAUCAUCAUGAAAUAUUUUAAGGUUUUUGAACAAAAAUAUUCAUCAUAUGAAAGCUUUGAAGACACAGCUACAGCUAGGAGAAAUGGUCAAAUUAGUCUUAGUGGAUAAGUCAUGAAGGGUCACCCAGCACACAGGGAGUGACACCAGGAGACAUUUGAAUGCUGCUGUUGUUCUUUAUCCCUGUUCACAGAUUGUACUUGCUCUGCAGUGACUGUAGCAUACAGUGUCAUCACUCACUGGGAGUUUGGGUUCACACUUCACACUUUUUGAAGCUAGAAACUCUGCAAACGGCAAGCACCAUGGCUGAGUGUAAUAGGUGGAUACACCUGUCAAUCAAGCCAACACACAAAUACAAGCCUCUUUAAAGGGACAGUUUGCAUUUUUUGUGGGAAUGUAUGAGAUAGUUAUCCAUAGUCAGUGUAUUACCUGCAGUAGAUUUGUACCAGCAUGCUCCCAGUUUGGAAAAGCAGACAGGAGUACCGGCACGGAAGCUAAGUAAUGUACUGCUGUGGACGAGGCCAGCAGCAAAACGUAUUUUAGCCACCUAAAAAAAAUCAAUAUCAGUUUAAGUGUACAUUGUAUUUAGAAUAUUUUCACCCCUUAACCUUGCUGUCAAACAGCUCUUUCCUUUGGUACUACAUCUUCUCAACCAUAGACCUUCCAUAUUUCUAUGCAUGCUGCUCACUGUAUUAUACCGCAACAGCACUUUCUGACCCAAACAGAGCCUGGCAUGUGUAGGAAUACGGAAGUUCUACAGUUAAGAAAAUGUAGUGCCAAAGGAAAGGGCUGCCUGACAGCAAGGUAAAGCAGUGAUUCUAAAUAUAGUUGAUAUUGAUUUGUUUUAGGUUUUUAUCUACUGCAGGUAAUACACUGACUAUGGAUAACUACCUCAUACACUUCAAAAAAUGCACUGUCCCUUUAAGCUUUAAAGGAACCCUGUGGAGUUUUUGACCACUAGUGGUGUUCCAAAGCAGUCAGAAGCACACAUCUGGCACAAUACACCUUCCUGCUGACACUUUCACUCUGUUCCAUUGACAGACAGUUGGUGGCAGUGUUCCACCAUGGAAUGUAACAAUGCUCCAGCAAAAGGCAGUGAAGAAGACUGCUAGGCAGUUUAACAAUGCAGGUUUUAAAAUAUUUUAAAAAUAGAAUAAAAAUGUUUGUUGCAGUGCAUUCCCACAUACAGAUACAAAGUGGCAGACUCGCUUGGCUUUCAUGAGCCUGAAGCUUGUAAGUGUAUGUGCGUGGAGCGUAUAAUCUGUGUAAUCAGCUCCUGUUUUAUUUUGUUGCCGCCAUACUGGCACAUGACCAAGUAGUUCAUUUCCUGAAUGAUGUUUUCUGUUAAGAAGUUUCCUCAUUCAAUUCCCAGUAGCUUGUUGAAGUUGUAUCAGAGACAGCUCUGAUCGAUAAUUGGGAGAAAUGAAUCGAACCUCCCUCAGCUUCCCCACAUCACAGAGACUUUUUAGUCUUUGAGUAGUAAAGCCACCUUGUUUUUCAGGGUUCUUCACAAUGAGUGGCGUCCUGUCACAUCUCCAGUGUGUGGGUGCAUAUGUGUGGAUAGGGUUUUAGACCUCAAGGACGCACUAAAUGUGGACAGAAGUGUUUGGUUGUAAUAAAACUCCACAGGGCGAUUAUUUUUAGUAAAUUCAAGUCCAUCUCAAUACAACAGAACACACACAUGCCACAUGUACGUUGGAAGAGUUAUUGGUCGCUGUACUCAUUCCUGCUGUCCAUGCUGGUUGUGAUGCAACCUCAUUAUAUGGGUAUCCCAAUAUGUAUGUAUGGGAUUGGGGGACAGAAUCCACAGUUGUAGUUCCGUGAAAAAAUGCAUUGUUAAGUGCAGCUAAAGCUCUUCUGAGGGUUCAGCGUUCUGAUUCAUGCAGGUCCUUGCAGCUUUGUGGAUGCGGUAAAUAGAAUUUGAGCCUUUAGUCAAAUCUAAAGGGUCUCUUAGGCCUGGAAGUGCAUGUAGGUUUACUGCCAUCCUGGCAACAAAUCUUCGUGUGACUAAGCUGAAUUUAGUCGCUUAGAUCACUUUGUUUGUUUGUUUUUUUGUUGGUUUUUUUGUGUUCUGCACCCAUAUAUGAUUGCUGUGGUCAGAUCUGCCCGGAGUCUCAUUCAACCAGACUUAACAGUGCAGGUCUGAAAAUGCCCUAAGAAUGCAUUUUUGGACGUGAACUGCAGAUUAUUUCCUGUAUUUUACAGUGUAAUUGCAACAGGGAGAGAUAAUUUCACAGCCAGUUAAAAUGUAACCUACCCUUAAACAUCAUAUUGAAACAAGAGAAAAGACUGACUUAUUACUCUUUAAGUUUCUCAUUCACUUCAAUGUAAUCAGUCAUCUUAAAGGUGUCUAGAGGCCAGUGGGUUAAGUGCAGGUCCAGGCACACUGAUAGAUGUCAGCAUUCAGCCGUCUCUGCUCUCUGUGGACAAAAGAACAGUUUCUUUGUGAGAAACGGGAUUACUGAUUGAUCACGUGUUUCACUGCUUUACACACUGUGCCAGUGUGUACAUUUCUCUGCUGCUAAGGCCAUGAACUCGCCUAAUGUUACUUGAAUUUGAACCUUAAUUCCUGUGUAUCUACACAUAGCAGCCAGCAGGUAAAGAACAAAGCAAAAAUAGGAUCCACUGUACAAGUGACUGAGCAAGGGUUACACUGAACCUGUGCAACUGCUCUUUGGUGAAUGUUUCACACAAUACUGCCAUAACUCUCUACACACCAGUAGCUUUACAAACUAACAGAGUGGCAUAUAUCCAUGGGAGUUCAAUGCCUUCAUAAUAAAAAUCAGAUAGUUUCUCUCAAUUUUGACUUUCAUAUCUCAUAAUUAUGACGUAGCACAUCUUGUAACAAUGGAAGAAGAACCUCAUGUUAGGAAAUGUUUCAGAGAUAUUAGAGUAACACUUUAUUUAAUGAUUGCCAAUAUUUCUAAUAUUUAAAUUUCCUGGAAAUUAACCUAACUAAUUCCUUGGAUAUGGCUUCAGUAUGAAAUUUGGUUUUGGGUAUAGGGAAAAUGAAGUGUCAAAUUGCUAUAUUGACAAUUAAUCACAUUUAAUUGAUUGGGAAUAAUUAGUGGAUUAUUUAGAUUAAUAGCAAUUAUCUGCUAGUGUAACCUUCUUAUUAGUCAGGUCAGCUGACUAAAAUUUGAGCAUGAAAGUUCAUUUUGACCUUGCAAAUAGUCUGACAAAAAAAAAAAACUUUCACUCAAGGUCCAGUUACUAGUUUUCAGGUCAUGUUGUGGGAGUUGGUUGAUUAUGUGUAUCAAUCAAGCAAACAUCAUGAAGACCACAAGUUGCAAUUGAAACUAUUACUUCUUUCUUAAAAACUUAAAAUAAAUCACUUGGUACUUCAUAUAUGUAUGUAUCGAUAUUUCUUGUAAUUGGUACCAAAUUGAAUAGUUCUGUACAGGAACCGUCCUGUGUAAUUAUUAAGAAAUAACAGGACCCAUAAGAGUAAGUGUUAUCAUUUUCCUCACAAUGUACAGACUAAUUUUAUCAUAAUUAAAAGGUCAAUACAUAAUUAUGUCAUAAUUAUGAUAUCUGAAAUUCAUAAUUAUGUGGAAACAUCUUUUUUUGUGUUGAAUACAAUGUGUUUCUGUAUAUUUCUGUGUAAAAUGUAUAUCAGUUAUUUUGGCCUGUAUAAAGUAUCAUUGUCAUGUAGAUUUUUAUUAGUUUUAUCUUUUGUCGGGCAGCCAGUGGCGCCUGAGCCAAAAUAUUAGUUUUGGACGCUGGUUUGUGCAUACUGCCUCAUGGUAAGCAUGGCUAUGUUCAGAGCUGUGGCUGAAGGUCUCAGUAUGCUUCAGACAAACUCGUUUGUACAACCUGUCUACCUGUCGUCUGAAUAGAAAGGUGUUUCUAUCUGUUCGGAAUGUCCACACUCAAGGGCAGGAUGAAACACCUGAAAUGAUAGCCUCCUGAUCUCUCUCCAACAACUCUGUCUUUUCUGCGACUCUUUGUUGUCUUGACGCCAUGAAACACACAAAUGGGGAGAACCUCCCAAUUCCACCUGUGUUUGAUGAGUGCUUUGUUUGAAGCAUACUGAGACCGUAAGGCUCCUUCUGCAUACAGAAAGUUCAUGUUCUGGGUUCAUAUCCAGCCUUGAGAUCAUGAAGACCUCCAGUUCAGUAUGUAUACUUCUCUGUCUCCCUCAGUUUUCCACUGUCAACUAUUAAAUAAAGAAGACAUUUAAUGAGGAUGCACAGAUACUGGAA